AUGGACACAUGCAUUAUUGAGAAUGAUUCUCAACUAAAUCAAGUUAACAAACACAAUCCUGAUGGUCUCGAAAAUGUGACUAAUCAGAAAGAUGACAUUGAAACGUCAAAUGACAAUAAUUCUCACCUUCAAGAUGUCCAAAUCGAUGAGAAAGGUGCUGAAAAUAAUAUAGAAGUCCAUUCGGAGGCAGACAACGACGCUGAACCCUUGCUAAAUAUAGUUCAGGAAAAAAAAACCAUGUACCAGCACCCACACGUCCAUAAUGAAAAACUAAUAAGCCAACUUGAGAUCCCCUCGGAAGAAAAAAUGAAAGAAGAAGUUCAUCAUGAGUCCGAUGAGGCGGUUUGCAAAGUAAAUAUACCUCGAAUCCGUGUUGUCAAGUACAAGAAUAACCCCAGGCCUGUGGAUCACUGGGAACCCACAAACUAUACUCCUGCGGAUGAAACUGACGAUGAAUUUGAAAUAUCAACCUGUGCUUUUCCUGUUUAUAAGGACGAUGAUGAGAGCAAAGCCUUCUACAACAUGUUCAAGAAUGGCUAUCCUGACUACAAGGGAGAAGUUACGUCGUGUUUUGAUGAGCCACAUCUCCUCUAUCGCAUCAUCAAUCAAGACGAAAAGACAUGGUCAUUUUACAAUGACACGCUAAAACAUGAAAUGCAUAUCCAUUUCACCUUUGGGAAGCGCUCGAAUAUCCAGCCACUGGGUAAGACUACCAUUCGCAUAAAUGAAAAUAAUGAGUAUGAAUGUGAUGUGAUUGUGUAUCCCAUUGAAACGGAGAUGUUUAUAAAAGGAACAGUGAAUGGCUACACAAGCAGCAUACGUGCCAUACCUCUCUCUGAUGACUACCACAGGGCUUGCCAGCGUGUUACUGAUGAGCAUAUUGCAGAGGAAAUCAGUAAGAUCCGCGAGGUAUGUGAAAGUGACAAUGCGGAAGAAGUGCUACAAGCAUGUGUUGUCUGUAAAAUCCCCUUUGUCGAUCCUGAAUUCCCACCAUGUCAGAACUCACUCAAUGCGGAUGCAGAGAAGCCAUUAAAGCCUCUUGCCUGGGCCCGUCCAUCCAUGUUUCUUCCAGAGGAAAUGGUCGAUCAGGUGCGUCUGUUUCGCACUCAUGUGAAGCCUGGUGUUGUAAAUCCUGGUGAACUUGGAGACUCAUGGGUGAUGUGCGCAGUCGCUUCUGUAUCGGAAGAUCCGAAUCGUUUGAUGGGUAUGUUUCGUCAUCCAGAGGGAAAGGAAGAUGCUCAACAAGAGCGCUCUGUGGGUGCGUACCGCGUGAUGUUCAGCAAGAAUGGUUGGUGGCGCAGUGUUCUUGUUGACGACUAUCUGCCUAUAUCGGCUGGUCGCCCAAAGUUCUCUCGCAGUGCCGUAGACGAUGCUGAGAUUUGGCCAUGCAUUCUCCAGAAGGCGUUUGCAAAGCUACACGGGGGCUAUGGGGCAAUCUGCAGCGGUGACCCUCUUCUUGCAAUUCAGGAUAUGACAGGUUUUCCAAGUACUCGCUUUAAUGAUGCGCUUUUUGGAUCUGUUUCUUCAGCUAUUAAGAUCUUUGACGAUGUGAAAAAUGCUUUAAAACAUGGGUCUAUCGUUGUUUUCAACACUCCCGGUAAGGAUCCGAAAUUGGACGGCGACAAUGACCUAACUAAGGAAUACCGCCAGCUGGGUCUGAUCACUGGUCAUGCUUACACAAUUAUCGACGCCAGACACUUUGCCGAUAUCAAUACGUACCUCGUGAAAGUGCGCAACGCAUGGGGUUUUGGACUCGAGUGGAAGGGUGACUGGAGCGAUCAGAGUAAAAAGUGGGAGGAGUAUCCCCUCAUUGCAAACGCAUGCAACUUCAAGAGGUCGAAUGAUGGAACCUUCUGGAUGGACUGGGAAAGUCUGCUAAAGUACUUUAAUGGAGGUGGCGUGUGUCUUUCUCAGAAACCAUCCUAUGACUAUCGCAUCAACUGCGCUUUUUACGAUCGAGUACCAUCAACGGUGUUGGAGAUCGAAGUGAAGUCUCAGACGCGGUUUCUGUUUAUGAUUCUUUUGGAAGACAAGCGCGGAAGCAAAGGUGCAAUCGAGUAUCAGCCAGUGAUGAUCAGUAUUGCAGCCCCAUUGAAAGAGAAUAUGUAUGAGAUUAUUCUGAAUUCCACCGCUGAUGCAUACCGACCGAGUCCGGAAAAGUGGUCUUUUACUCAGGCACGCGAUGUUUCUCUCUACACUACACUUGACGCUGGUAAGUAUAUCGUCGUCCCGCGCCUGAUGAAAACUGAAAAUCAACCUGAUGAAGUUCCAUUUAUUUUGGGCAUAAUAACAAACAAGGAGGUGGGGACCGAUGAUGUAAAGAUAAAUUUCAAAUUUAUCGAUUGCGAAAAUCGCGUGUUUUCAGAUUUCCCAACGUUUCAGCCAGAUUUGCAAGACAGCGUGGUGGAGGUACAGUAUCAAAAACGUCUACCGAGUUCUGGGUUCCCAGACACCGAAAUGGGAUUUUGCAUACAAUAA